GUCUGUGCUUUAAUUCAAGUUGUGAUUCAGUGGAUUUUUAGCAGUUUGGUGAUCAGAAUUGAGUAAAUGCAAGAUUACACAAUCAUACUAUUGUCUCACACUAAGAUUGUGCUACUCACAUCUGGGUAAUUUAUGUGGAAUGAGUUUACAUGAAUUUGUGUCAGGUUUUGUGAAGCCUUCCUAUAGACAUGGCCUACCUCAAUGUCACUGGCAUUGUUUUUGCUGAAUUCUACGUGCUGGGAAUUUCAGAACUUCAUCCACAGUAUUAUGGAACACUAGGGAUCUUUUUGAUCUUUGUCUACUUGACACUGGCAGGAGGAAAUAUCUUUAUUAUUUUAUUUAUUGCUUGUGAGAGAAGUCUUCAGAAACCUACUUAUUUAAUCUUCUGUAACCUUGCUGUGUCUGAUCUUGCUUUUGGAACUACAACACUGCCUACAACAAUUGCAAAAUACCUAUUCAAUAUCAGCAGCAUACCAUUUUAUAGUUGCUUUGUGCAGAUGUUUUUUGUUCAUUACUUAGGGAGUUUUAAUUCUUUCAUAAUGUUAUUAAUGGCCAUUGAUCGCUUUGUUGCAGUAUGUAACCCACUUAGAUACUUUGUUCUUAUUACAAACAAGACUAUUUUAUUAGCAUGUGCAGUGAUUUGCACGAUGCUAACAGCUUUAAUGACAGUCAUUGUUUACAAUGCCUUCAAUGAGCCAUUUUGUUCUAAUGUAAUAACCCAAAAUUAUUGUGACCAAAAUUCAAUAAUUAAACUGUCUUGUAGAGAUAUAAGGGUGAAAGGUUUGAUUGCAUUUUUAAGUGCCAUGUUUGUUCUCAUAGGACCAUUGAUUUUUAUUAUAUUUUCUUUUAUUGCCAUUAUUGCAUCUGUUUUCAAAAUGUCUGACAUUCAGGCCCGGUACAAAACACUCUCAACUUGCACUCCCCAGCUUCUUAUCAUUUGCCUGUACUUUGUGCCCAGAUGUGUUGUCUAUGUGUAUGACCUGACAAUUGCAUUCACUCCUGGCACUCGGAUAAUGAUAAUUAUGUUAUACAGUCUGCUCCCUCCUGUUGUAAAUCCAUUGAUAUACUGCUUCAGAACCAAGGAAAUCAAGGAUACAUUAAGGAGAAAAAUGAGACAGAGAAAAGUUAGCAUGCAGAUGAAAACGAUGUGGAGCACAACCUAAAAUAUUUCAACUGCUUUAAUACAGUGGAGUGUAUGUUUUACAUGAAACACUGUUUAUGUACUAUCCUUGUUGUUCUUGCUGUGAAUCUUUUGAUUAGUUUGAAUACACUUUUCUGACAUUAUUUUUAUUUAUUCUGUGUAUUUUCUUGGUGUAGUAAAUGAGUAAACUGGGGGUUUACCAAUUCAGGGAUCAAAAGGCAAGAGCAAAGAGGUCAGUCUUUCUUUAUAAGCACGCAUGAUAUAACAAAGCAAAUGUUCUAAACUGUUCUUUUGACUGUUUACACACUCUGAAACAUGUAAAAGCUGAAAUAUUCUGUGUGGU